AUGCUAUCCCUGGUUUCGUCGAUAUCUGCUGUAUUGGGUGACGCUGUAUCCUAUCAAUACCACGCUCAUAAUGGCGUCGGUGGUUACUCGUUCAAAUUUGCUCAUCCUCAGAAGUAUAGUGUUCCAGAUUAUCACCACCACAUUCCGGAGGUUCGUGGAAGUGUUCCAGAGGAUACCGUUGAAGUUAAACACGCUAAAGCUGUUCAUGCGGCAGCUCAUGCCAAGCAUGAGGAAUACACUUCAACACAUCAUCAAGCCCCAUCAUAUGCUAGUUGGCAAGAGCCAACACACGUUCCAGUGCAUCAACAACCUUCUGAGGAACCCAGUCCAUCCGUUGAAGCCUGGCACGGAUCCCAACACGUCCCUAUGGCGCACACGACAAACCCACACGAGACACAACAAUCCCAGGAUGACCAUGCCGAGUUUAGGAACGUAGCUGAUGAGGAUGGAAUCAGCCAAUCGUAUGAAUUUGGCGUAUUUCAUGGUUUCAAGCACGUACAAGAGGCUCAGGCAGUCCCGCAGCAUACUAAUAACGCUGAGACCCCUUCGCAAGAGGCUCACGAGCCGAGAAAUAUUCCGGAGGAUACACCGGAAGACAACCAACCAAAUUACCCCGAAAAUUAUCGAUAUCUCCUGAUUCAGGAGCCCAACUAUGACAACGUCCCAGCGAUUCAGUCCUCACCAGCUCCCGGUCACGCCACCAACCACAACCAACACGCCCAGAACUAUCACCAGUCCGGCGGGGAGCCUCACGAUCAUCACUCGACAGCGUUUGGAGUGUGGCACGUCCCGGCUAGCCAUCCCAUGGCUCCUGCAGAAACACCAGAGGUCCAGAAAGCCCGAGCUGCCCAUCUUGCGGUUCACGCAGAGCAUCAACAGUAUCAUCACAAGCAACACGGCCAGCGCCCGAAAUCUCUUUAUUACCUUCCCGAAAGCGGUGAGACUUCGAACGACCAACAACAGCACGCACAGGCGAUCCAUGGUGCUCAUUCUGGUUAUGGAGGUUGGCACGGGCAAAAUAGUCAACGACAAUCGAUGAACAUGCACAGCAUGAGUCAAGAGAAUGAACGCUUGGAGGCACAACAUCGGGAAGUUGUCGACUACAACCCUUCGGUUCAUGGAAUUCAGGCCGGUGGUCAUCAAGGGCAUCAAGAUGGGGGUUAUUACAGCUACCAGUGGAGCCCUUAUCAAUAG